AUGACCUUGCAAACGAAUAAAGAGACCUCCGUACAUUCGGUCUUCUACUAUUUAAUAAUAACUAUGAAUAUGCGUAUAAGUAUCGUAACUCCAAGUACUAAAGGUAUUGGGGUGUGUGUGUUUACCGGUGGAGGCAUUUCCAACGCAAUGAACCAAAUCAACUUGACGGAAUUAGAUCAGACAACAGCAAAGGUGCUUCGUCACUUGCAAGAAGUGCAGGAACAGCUAGAGUCUGGGGUCCGGGACCCGGACCUCGAUGACACCCUUAUAAAUAAUUUUUGCAGAAUGGUAUCCAAUGACAAAACGAUUAUUUUCAAGAAACAACUGGAGAGACUUGACGAAAAUCAAUUUUUGAUCAGUUUCAUUUCGGUGCUUACCAAUUUGUUGAUUUUCCCAAUCAACCAAGAUUCACAAUCUCCUUUGAUUGAUCUAUUAAACGUUAUUUUAUCGUAUCUAUCAUUUGAUCAAAUCACUUUUUUCUAUCCAAGGGAAUUCAUCGUUUCGAGAAUUGAAUCAGCGUCGCCAAACGCAACAAACUUGAUCAUUAAUAUAUUGAGUACAAAAUUAAAUGAUACUGACUUGAUUGACUUUUUGAGAGAUACAAGUAUCUUGGAUACUUUGGUAACUAAUCACUUAUCGACCGAUGAUUAUGAAACGUUACCAUUAUCGGUGGUAAACAAUACUGAAAAAUUCAUUUCAAGGAUCGUCAACUUGAAUAUCCUUGCCCUUAUUGAAUCUAAACUAUUCAGUAAUGAAGCUUAUCAACUUUAUGAACAGACUCGUGGCUUGAAAAAUUCAACGUUAAUUACUAGGUUAUUAGACUUACUCAUCGUUCUUUUACCGUAUUGGAAAACCUUUAGUUUGAACCCUUCUCUCUAUACUUUCAACUCAAAUGAUUUGAACGAUUUGGAUGAUCCGUUCUAUCCUUUAUUAAUUAUACAAUUUUAUACAAAUCUUAUAAAAAACUUAAAGCAUCUUGAAAUCGGAUCAGAAGAGUUAUUCAACAACAUAAAACCCCCAAUUGAUCAAAUCGUGCAGUUCUAUUUAUCCAAAAAUUCCAACCCAAUGAUUGAGUCCUUCUAUGUGACUCAAAUCAUUGAAUUGUUCGAAACUCUUUCUUAUUCUUCCUUGUCUUAUUGUCAAUCUUUCGUGGCAGAAUGUAUCACCAAGCAUAAUUUGUUCAAAUCCUAUAACUUGUACCUAGAUAAUGAGUCGGAUGUUUUGUUACUUAGUAAAAUCAAUUAUCAGAUUUUUGGUCAAAGUUUUUGUCAUGAUUUUUUCAAUGAUAAUUUAACUAAAAUUUCCUUAUUUAAUAAAAAAUUCUUCACCAUUUUCUUAAAUUUGAUCAAAUCUGAACAUUUGUUCAAUCUCAUCAUUACUAGUGAUGUUAACUAUUUUAAUUUUGAAAAAAUUUCAAAACUUUCAAUUGAUCAAAUUUAUUAUAUCAUUUUGCAAAUUUCAAAAUAUAACCAUUCAACAGUUUAUUUGAUCAAUAAUUUACCAACCAUUAUAACUGAUUAUCUUAUUAAUUCGCCUUUUGAAAUCAUCAAUAACGAAAUUUGGAACUUGAAAUUAGCUUGUUUGGAAAAUUUACUUUUCAAUUCAGAUAUAGAUUUGAAAAUUUGGUUAGAUGAUUUAAAGAAAACUUAUUCAUUAAUGAAAAAUGGUCAUAAUAUCAAAUCUAUUAAUCCUCAAGUGGACAUUGCAAGUGAUACUAUUUAG